UCUUUGUUGUUGCACACUAACAACUGGCUGUGGGUGGUUUGAAUGUUGUUGUGUCUGAACACUUUGUCAUGCAUCUGCGUUCCAAAGUCUUGUAAGGUGCACUUCACUGUCUGAAGUAGGACGACUGUGAUGCGUAGCUCAUUUGAGGCUCAUUUUGUUUUGUUCCCUCUUGUUGUUUGUCCCCUGCAGAUUUACAGGCCACAUGGAUCAUGAAUGAGUUACAUUGUUACACUGGACCUGGGCGCUAUGGCAAAAAUAUUUUUAUAAUGAUUACUCCACAACAACAACAACAACACCAACAACAAGAAGUGUAAUAUAGCUGCAGAUUGCGACCUUCAGAGAACUCAUGUUGAUCUUAAUUAGCAUUGACUCAUCUCAUGCUGUCUGAUUAGAGUUUUGAUGGAGAGCCGAUCCGUGAACGGUGGUGGGCAUUUUCUCCUACUGUAGUUUCUUAAAGGGGCAUUUUUAGACGUAUUACACUUCUUUUAACAAAGUGCAGUAGAUGCAGUUACUGUAGGUAUGUCUGGGUUUUUGACUUCUUUUGCUGCUCUACCCGUACUUGAACCUGUGACUGCGUGUGCCUGCUUUUCUUUUUCCCCUAAUCUUUUGUUCAUCAAAAAAAACAGGUUCAGUGCUUAACAAAAGUGCUUCAAAGCACCUUUAUAUCUUUAGAAUUGCUAUGUGGUCACUUAAAAUUGCACCAUCAGCCAGUGAGUUCAGUUGUUUUUCCCCCGGUGUGCUUACAAUAUCAAGCUUCAAUAGCUCUGCGAGCCACACAUACACACAGAGACUCAGAACUAGGCGGUGUGUGUUUAGAAACGAUAGAAAAGCUCUGUCUUGUGAAAAGAAAAGAACAUUGCUACUGUAUAACCAAAGUUGCAGCCUAAAGCCAAUAAAUGUAAAACUGUUUGUUGUGUGUUGAGACUGUCAGCCUUUGAUUUUAAACUGACGGACAGAAGUGAGGUAGAAGCAAAGAUGGGUGGUAUAAAGCUGUGAUCACAAGGAAGUAGAACUUUAAACCAGUCACUCAAAGCAGCAUGUUGUGGACAUGGCCAGAGACGUAAUCAACUUACAGUUCAGUACUAGGAAUAUACAGAAAAAGUGGAUUAAAAAACAUUAAGUAUUAGUCGACUGAAACGCUCUAAGCAUCUCUCUGCUUUUGGAUUUUCAUCUUUUGCUUUUGUUUAUUUUUAUAUAGCACCAGAUCGCCUCAAGGCACUGCUCAUAAUAGUGUCAAGGCCUUAUAGAACUAUAAUAGCGGGGAGCCAACAAUCCUCCAUGUGCAAGCGCUUCCUACCUCAAAGAAAGAAAAGGGGCCUUGCGUUUUGAGAGCUCACAGGUAUGAAGCAGCCAGUAAAGGGACGCGAGCAGUCAUUGGCGUCGUGAUGAAGAUCCUCUAGGUUUGGAUCCAAUUCUGACUGCGUCAUUCUGGUCUAUGGGAAUACAUUUAGUACUGAACUCUCUAGAUGUCACAAAGUCUGGCAUAAACCAACAACAUUGAAAUGUCAUUGUUUCUGUUUAAUAUUAUUCUUGCUUUUCAUCACAGUAAAGAUGGUUGUGAAUCAUUCCAGCAUCCACAUCUGCUGUGUGUCUGUUUUCUGACGUUGGCAAUGCAGCAUCAUCUCUUCGCACCAUCGUCCUUCAUCUGCAUAUUGUCACAGGAGAACACUUUUGCUAAAGCGACUAAUUUGCACGCUCAGUACUUUUUAAUUUCACUACAUGCUGAUUGAUUAUCAGGCGCAGACUAAUUAUCCCCCAACACACACACAGACAUGCUGCCGCUUCAAGCCUUGAAUUGGUCUGCACAAUCAAUAGAGCUUAAAUAGAGCAAUAUGGGCCUUUUAACAAAGUCAGUCCGUUUUACCGUAGCUCUGUUUUGAUGGCAAGUCGGCGCCAUUGAUUAUGUUUCACUUAGGAUUUUGUCUGUCACUGUAAGUGCUGAAAAUCAUCAAAGCUUGUUAUACGGAGAGGAUUGCAGAUCUCGGCAGUGGCUCAGUGGUCUGACUUUCUGGCUCACAAACCUAUGGAUGCUCCACCCUUAAACAGAGCAUGUGUGUAUUUAGUCAUUGCACUGUAGACAAGCAGUCAAUGCUAACAAUGGCAAAAAUGCUCCUUCCUUUCUCCUUGUAAUCUUGUUUAAGCCUGUAAGCUUUAGCACAUAAUAAGAUGUGGUUGCUUCUUUUCUGAGCCUCACAUUGCAACACAAUAGGUACGUUUUCUUCUGAAUGAACGUAAGCUGCUGAAUAGCCAGGCUGUGAUUGUGACUGUCAUUUGUUGUUGCAUCACUUAUUGAAGAGUCUGGAGUCAGACCUGUCCCGUGCUGCAUGGUAAUGAGCAUCCUGUGUGUUGUGAAUUAAACUGUUUGUGCACCUUGAGCAUACAGUAACAGCAUGAAGUCGCUAUCAUGAAAAACUGUGGGUGAUGAAUGAAUGGACUGAUUAUUGUUUAUUACAUGUUUACUGAAUUUUAAUCUGAAAUCAUUGAAUAAUAGAUCACUGCUUUGAGCGUGAUUGAUGAGAGGGUGCAGCGUGGGUUUGUAAGUGUCUGUCCUUAUUCAGUGACCUGAAACCAGUAUCUGAAGGAUUUUCCUUUUCUCUGCAGUAUUUCUGCUCCACUCUGCUCUCAGGUCCCACUAGACACAACGCUGUUCCCUUACGAAAGAAUAUAGGACAUCCCUAUGGGCCAGAGUCAACUUAUUUAACAAGGUGUUCGAGUCUAUAGCACAUGUGUUGGACUUACGAUCAGCAUCCAAAGUGCCAGCGAAUGAGAAGAAGGAACGGCCCCUAAGCACCAUGAGUGAGGCCUCCAACUACACAGGCGGCUCAGACCAUGCCGCCAACUCCAGCAGCCCGGCAGAGAGGCCGUCAAGACCUUCUAAAAAAAUUCACAACUUUGGGAAGAGAUCAAAUUCCAUCAGGAGGAAUCCUAGCGCCCCAGUGAUCAGGAGGAACUGGCUUUAUAAACAGGAUAGCACAGGGAUGAAGCUGUGGAAGAAGAGGUGGUUUGUGCUGUCUGACCUGUGCCUCUUCUACUACAGAGAUGAAAAAGAGGAGGGGAUUCUUGGAAGCAUCCUCCUCCCGAGCUUUCAUAUCUCCAUGCUGUCUGUUGAUGAUCACAUUAACAGAAAAUAUGCCUUCAAGGCAACACAUCCAAACAUGCGGACGUACUAUUUUUGCACAGACACAGCCAAAGAAAUGGAGUCUUGGAUGAAAGCAAUGACGGAUGCUGCAAUGGUGCAUUCAGACCCAGUCAAAAGGUUAGACAGACUAAAAGUGGAGCAGCGUGGUCCACAGGAGAUCAACCACGUGGCCAACCACCGGCCGCCUCUAACGCAGCCGGAAAUUCAAAAGAACGAGCGCAACCGCGAGGUGGACCGUGAGCGCGCUGCAACGGUCGCCUCCCCCACGACAGAAGAGGAGCGGAAACAGCAGGAAGCCGAGCGCUACGGCUUCCACAAGGACGGAGCGGAGCCCGAACGCCCCCUCACCAAAAUCAACAGCAUCAAGCUGCAGCCGGCCCAAGCGGCGGCCGUAAAGGCCAACAUCAGCUCACCACAGGCGCCCACAGAGGUGGACGGCUCCCAGCGGAACCCCCAGGUUAAUGGCUCCGAAGAGCGGAGUCCAGCCGACGGACCGGGAGUCUCUGCUCAGCGAAGUCCUGCCCACGAACCAGAGCGAACCCUGAGCAGGACAAACUCUAUGCAGCAACUGGAGCAGUGGGUCCGCACGCAAAGAGGACGGGGCCAGGAUGAUGACACCAGGAGUGUUACUUCAUACCAGACGCUGCCUAGAAACAUGCCCAGCCAUCGAGUGCCGUACGUGCCCCAUUAUGGCGACGGCUACCGUAGCAUGCCGAGGAAUAGCAUGGCACAGCGGGACAGCAUCUGCAGCAUGUCCCCGUCGCUGUACGACCAGGCCCUGGGCGCGACGCUGGUGGACAAGCGCCGCUCCAUGCGUGACGACACCAUGUGGCAGCUGUACGAGUGGCAACAAAGGCAGGCUUACACCAGGCAGCCCGGGCUCUACAGCAACAUGGCCAGUCCCAAAACCAUGAUUAACCUGUCAGAGCACGCUCCGCCGAGCCACUCCAUCCCGCCCUCGCCCUCCCACGGCUCCCUGUCCAUGUACGGCGGCUACUCGCCGCUGCGCUCGUACAACGUGAACGCCGCCCGCUCGGAGCUGUCGUCUCCCAUCUACAGACGAGACAUGAGCAUCGACAGACGACACAGGCUCCAACCCAACAAGUAUGGAUACCAACCCGAUAGGAGAUCUAUGCCUGCAGUGAUCCCAGCCCAGAAUAUCACUACCCAGUCUCUCCAGGGGAAAUCACCUGAGGAGUUGACUCUGCUGCUGAUAAAGCUGCGGCGGCAGCAGGCAGAGCUAAACAGUAUCCGGGAGCACACUGUAGCACAGCUUAUGCAGCUAAACGUGGAUGGCGACAACCCAAAGAAUGACAUUCUCUCCCAUCACCUCCAAAGGAACCUCAUGUUUUUGGACAAUCAGAUGAAGGAAAAUGACCCUUUAAUCAUCAUGAUUCACACUUUGAUUGAGAACUCUGCCCCAAGGCCUCAACUUUACCAGCAAUUGAGUCCAGAAGACUACAGGGAACAUACGUAUGCAUUCAUGCCAGAAGAAGUGGACACUGAUACUAAACUCAGCAGGUUGUGUGAACAGGAUAAAGUGGUGAGGACACAGGAGGACAAACUUCAACAGCUGUACAGAGAGAAGCACACCUUGGAGACGGCGCUGCUGUCGGCCAGUCAGGAGAUCGAGAUGGGCUCCGAUAACCCGGCCGCUCUGCAGAGUGUCGUCCAGCAGAGAGACCUGCUGCAGAGCGGCCUGCUCAGCACCUGCAGAGAGCUGUCCAGAGUCACCACCGAGUUGGAGCGGUCCUGGAGGGAGUACGACAAGCUGGAGGGAGAUGUGACUCUGGCCAAGAACAACCUACUGGAGCAGCUGGAAGCGCUGGGAAGUCCUCAGACAGAGCCUCCCAGCCAGCAUCACGUCCGCAUCCAGAAAGAGCUGUGGCGGAUUCAAGAUGUGAUGGAGGCCCUCGAUAAACACAAGAUCCAGAGGAGUGCAGUUGAUGGUAUGAACUACGGGUCUAAAAACAGCUUCAGCAAGCACAAAACCGAGGAGGAGGACUCGGUACCCCCACGGCCACCCUUACCCAAGUCCUACGAGCCCAACCCCCCCACUGUGCCCCCUCUGUCCUCUCAUGCUGGUGCGCGCCCUUCAUCACUGCACAGGCUGGAGGACAGGAAGGCCAGUCACAGGAAUGGCACGCACAGCGGACCAGACUACAGACUGUAUAAGAGCGAACCAGAACUUACUACAGUAGCAGAGGUGGAUGAAAACAACGGCGAGGACAGAUCUGAACAUGCGCCUGAUAGAGAGCAUUCUGGAAAUAAAGGGAUGUCCUACCCAGUUGGCAUUGUCCCACCCAGAACCAAAUCGCCAGUGCCUGAGUCUUCGUCGAUAGCUUCUUAUGUCACACUGAGGAAGAGCAGGAAGCCUGAUCCCAGGACCGAGCGUCCACGCAGCGCGGUGGAGCAGCAGCUGUGUGCUUCGGAGAGCGGACGACCCAGAAUGAGCGUGGAGGAGCAGCUGGACAGGAUCCGUCGGCACCAGCAGGGAGCCCUCAGGGAGAAAAAGAAAGGCCUCAGCAUCCGGGGCGGCAGCCAGGAAAAUACACCUUCUCGCAGCCACUCGUUCACAAAGGAAAACCACUUCCGCAGUACGCAGUCCCAUCUGAGGCGCAGAGACGAGGUGAUGAGCUGUGACAUUCAGGAGCUGGAGGCUUCUCUGAGGCAGCAGGAGCUGGAGACACCUGCCGAGGAGAUUGCCCGUCUCAAAGAAGCGUCACUGCCUGACCACUUUAACGUGGACCGAGAGCUUUCAGUGCCAGACAAGGUGUUGAUUCCUGAGCGAUAUGUGGAGUCAGACCCCGAGGAGGCUCUGAGCCCUGAGCAGGAGGCAGAUAAACAGCGGAAGGUUGACCGCAUCAAAGCCCUCAUUGCCAAGAACAGCAUGCAGAAUGUGCUUCCUAGUACGGCUCUGAGCCCCGAGGACGAGACGGAGGAGGAGGUUACCAUCCAGGAGAAGGAGAAGAUGAUUAAUAUCUCCUACGAGCUGGCGGCAGAGGCUUCCAAGCGCAGCAAGCUGGUAGCAGUGAAAAGCCUGUCGCCUUCUUCCCCACCCCUUCCACAGUCUCCUAACACACACCCCCUGACUGACGGUUCUCACUUCAUGUGUGUGUAGUAGCACCACUCAGGCCCUGGCCUCAGUAAAAACCUACACAUGAAGGAAGCAGCAGCAGGGGAAUAGAAAUGACCCUCAAGACAUAACCAGGGACAUCGGCAUCACCACGGCCCAUGGGGAGUUAAAAUGCCUAUUCUACAUUCUGUAUGCUCACUGUGAGGUCCUAGGCUCAUUCGCCACCACUAAUACUUUCUGUUGCCCUUCUCUGGGGGCACCACAUGGGGAGACAGGACACUUUUCAUACCUUUGCUGUUGCAGUUCUUUUACAUUUUACAUGAUUUUUAAUUUAAUUUUCAUUAUUUAUAUAUGGCUUCUCUAGAUUCUUGUUUGAAUAAUACAACGUGUGUGUGUCUGUUCGUGUGUGUGCAUAUACACAGACAGACGAUUGUUGUUUUAUUAUUCAAUCAAGAAGGAUUAACCAGUGUUUUUGCCUGUGUUAUAUUUUAAACUCAUGUUCUACCACCUUUAAAAAAAUAACUCAUUUAAUUUCAUUAACUCGAAUCAUGUAGUUUUCAGGAAAAAGGAGUUUAUUAAGUAACAGUUUGUAUUUAUCCAUUUAUUGUAAAAACAUUUAUCUGCGAAAGAUGAAUACGACAUAGAGCUAAUCUACUAUACUAAAAUGAGAAGCCACUCGAUUGCUGCAAAAGACAAUUGGUACAUUUUCCUGUUUCUGGGUUGUAAUUAUUUAAAAUGGAAUAUUCUGUAGUACAAGUCCCAUUCCUGACCCUUUUGUAAAUGUUCUGCCUUGACUAUAUACGGUCUUCUUUUAUGGAUGAGAGAUAUAUUUAAACCGAGACAAGGACAAAAAAUAGUUUAGCUAUAUUUUAUGACAUGUUGGUAUGACGUCCUGGAACUAGAAGAAGACUAGCACGUGUGAAAAGCAAUAAAAAGAGAAUAUUUGUGGAGCCAGGAUCAUUUUUGUGUGUGUACAAAGUGUAAUUAAAAGAGGUUUACUGUGUAUAUAAUGUACAUGGUACAGCAGGAUGGGAGGGUAUAUCUAAAAUAUGGUUACAUAUUAGAUUUGAUUCAUAUCCCAUCUGUUUUAUAUCAUGUUAAAUAAAUGUUGCUGUUCUUAACCAA